GGUCCCAGGGGAGCAGUUUGGGGUUUUGGAGACUCCCUGGAGCUUUGGGGGUCCCAGGGGAGCAGUUUGGGGUUUUGGAGACUCCCUGGAGCUUUUGGGGUCCCAGAGAUCCCACGUCAGAGCUCUGGGGGGUCAGAGUGUGUCCAGUGGGGGGUUCAGGGGGGUCCAGCCCCCCCGUGACCCCCCUGUGUCCUUCCAGUCCCCGAAGGAGCCGGAGCAGCUCCGGAAGCUUUUCAUCGGCGGCCUCAGCUUUGAAACCACAGACGAGAGCCUGAGGAGCCACUUCGAGCAGUGGGGGACCCUGAGAUGGGGGGGAAAACUGAGAUGUGAAGGGCUGGGGGGGCCCAGACAGGACUCCCAGCGGCCCGGCGCCCACCUGACGGUGAAGAAGAUCUUCGUGGGGGGCAUCAAGGAGGACACGGAGGAGCAUCACCUGCGGGACUAUUUCGGGCAGUACGGCAAGAUCGAGGUCAUCGAGAUCAUGACCGACCGCGGCAGCGGCAAAAAGCGCGGCUUCGCCUUCGUCACCUUCGACGACCACGACUCGGUCGACAAGAUCGUCAGUGAGUCCUCCUGGGGGGCCUUGGGGGGCCCUGGGGCUGGACCUAUGGGGACCCCCUGGUACCCCCCCAUGACCCCCUUUGCCCCGUGCCCAGGUUACGGGGGCGGCGGCGGCCCCGGUUACUCGGGGGGUAACCGCGGCUACGGCGGCAGCGGCUCCUACGACGGCUACAACAACGGCGGCGGCGGCUUCGGCGGCGGCAGCGGCGGCAGGAGACCCGCCCGGGGACCAGCGCUGGCCGUGCGCAACGGGCUGGCCGAGGCGGGCACAGGUGGGACCCCCCGGGAUGGCAGGGAACACCCUGGGAUGGCGGGGAACACCAGGGAGCACCCUGGGAUGGCAGGGAACACCAGGGAGCACCCUGGGACACCAGGGGACACUCUGGGAUGGCGGGGAACACCAGGGAGCACCCUGGGAUGUCAGGGAACACCAGGGAACACCCUGGGAUGGCGGGGAACACCAGGGAGCACCCUGGGA